AUGUCCCCGAGCCACGGCCCCGCGCUCAGGCGCUUCUACGAGGCGCCCCCUCUCGCGGCCAUCGAACACGCCCCGCGUCCCGUGAGCUUGGAGGGUGGACUGGUUCUGCCCAGCAGCUGCCACGGCAGGACCUGGCUCUUGGCCCCCGUGGGCGAGGCCCGUGGUGGCACCGGCGGCGGCCGAGGGCCUGACCGCCCACGGGAGCCGAGCCUGGAGGCCAGCGCCGUGCCCACGGCCCGCCUCCCCGGAGCUGCCCAGGCGCCUGGCGGCCACGCCGGCCCCUGCGAAAGGCUGAGGGGCCCGUCGGGGAGCGCCGUGGCCGAGUCCACGUGUGCGUCUCAGCCUCUCCCAGCAGGAAAGAGCCGGCCCCCGGGCUCUGCCAUCCAGGGCCGUCCCCCUGGGGUGACCGAGCGCUGGCCCCCCAAGAUUCAUGUGCCCAGGAAUCCCCCGGCUCUGGACCGUGAGUCCAGCCAGGGCCACGCUCAGAGCCCCGACUCCAGGCCAUGCCGACCUCUCGUCUCGGUCACGCCGGGGCCACAGCUUCCGGAACCUUCUGCGGGUGUGUGUGAGCCAACCUGCUGCGUGACGGGGGGCUGGCAGCUGCCCAGGAAGUGA